AGAUCAAUCGCUGAAAUAAAACGUCAUGUUCUGCUAUAACGUUUAACGCGCGAGGAUCGGAUCGGAGGCCCAACUAAAUUUGUUUUUUUUUUAAUAAAAAUUUAGUGAUAGACAUAUGUUCUUAACUUUAUAUUUACAGGAAAGCCCUGCAGAUGAGAGAAAAAAAAUUGAUGGAAGAAACAAAGGGAUAGAGAAUGCAAGAAACGGUGGAUCAAGAUUUAUACACCAUUUUGGAAUCUUCCUCGUCAGCCUCGUAUGAAGAAUUGAAAGCUAAUUACAGGAGACUCGUUCUAAAAUAUCAUCCAGAUAAAGUGAGUGAAGAUGAGAGGGAAGGCUGUCAUUCAGAGUUCCAGAGAUUAGAUAAAGCUUGGAAGAUCCUCAGUGACUCGAAUCUUAGACACCAGUAUGACACCAGACAAAGAGCCACCCAAUUAACUAAUACUUUGGUUAAUGAUGAGAUCAGUCUAGAUGACAUGUCUUGGAAUGAAGAUGACCUGACCUACAGCCACCAAUGCCGAUGUGGAGGGGAGUAUAUCCUGAGUGAGGAUGAUGCAUCGGAGGAAUCAAGGCUUGUCAACUGUUCUAAUUGCUCUCUUUGUAUCGAGGUAGUGGUAGAAGAAGAACUUGAUGAAUCGGUGACAAAGGAUGUGACAAAGAGAUGAUAUUCCAAACUUCAGAGACUACAGAAUGAUAAUAGUAAUCCACUUUUAUGUAGCGCUUAAUCGGAAAGACGUCUCUAAGCGCUUUACAGAUAUAUUACUACCGCAGUCAUCGGAUCCCGACGUGCCCACAUACAGUGUCUGCACUUUCUCCACUCCCUGGGGAGCAUUCCAACAAGAGUUCUGAGACUCAAUUGCUAGGCAUACUGCAUAUGCUUUUGCAUCCUACCGGGUACCCAUUUAACACGUGGGUGGAGAGUUUCAAAGUGUGGAUUGAUACCUUGCCAAAGGACGCUAGGCCAUGGUGGGAUUCGAACACAUGAUUCGGAUUACAAGGCGAGUCGGAAUCGCUACACCACAACGCUUUUAAAGAAUUCAGCUGCUACGGUUAUCUUCUCUGCUCCAAUUAGGACUUGCACAGAGUCUCUCCGACUGCAGCUCCAAUGGUUGCCUGUGAGACAGAUGGUAGCCUUCAAAAUUGUGGUGCUAGUUGACAAGUCUCUCAAUCACAGAAGUCCAGAAUACAUUGAUAACAUUCUAGUCCAUAAUACUCGUUCAU